AUGCCCCGACUAUGGCAUCACUGGGGCCUUCUUCUGGUAGCCAGUUAUGUCACACAGGCCAUAGGCCUACACAUUAGCAUUGGUGAUGACCAGUCAAUCAAAGAUGCAGCCAGUAAGACUGCUUACGGAUCGAUGACAUGGUAUUCCGGCAACGAAACUGGUGGGAUUCCCGGAGCGUUUCCUACAAAGUGGUGGGAAGGCAGCGCCCUGUUUCUGAGUCUACUGCUCUACUGGCAUUACACUGGAGAUACGACCUACAACGCUGAAGUGAGCCAGGGUAUGCAGCAUCAGGCCGGGAAUGGGGACUAUAUGCCGUCAAACUACAGCUCCUACUUGGGAAACGACGACCAAAUGUUCUGGGGUGUGGCCGCAAUGACUGCUGCUGAGCUUAAAUUUCCUGAGGUUCACGAUGGGUUUUCUUGGUUGUCCCUCGCGCAGGGAGUUUUCAACAGUCAGGCUGCGCGAUGGGACACAACUACCUGCGGUGGUGGGCUUCGGUGGCAGAUAUUUCCAUAUCUGAAUGGCUAUGCUAUGAAGAACGCUAUCUCCAACGGAGGAUUUUUCCAGCUGGCGGCCCGUCUCGCCCGCUACACUCAGAACCAGACAUAUACCGAGUGGGCAGAGAAGGUGUGGGAUUGGAGUGUCAGCUCUCCUCUGGUGAACAACAAGACCUGGAAUGUUGCAGAUUCCACGAAUAUUGAUAACGGGUGUAAGGACAGCGGUGAUAAUCAAUGGUCGUACAACUAUGGAGCAUACAUAAUGGGCGCUGCCUAUAUGUACAAUUACACUGAACAGCCAAAGUGGAAGGAGGCGGUGGAUGGCCUCUUGGGAGUCACAUUUGGAACCUUCUUCCCUAAACAAUUUAACAACAUCAUGUCGGAGGUUCUGUGCGAGCCCAACGAAGUCUGCAACGACAAUGAGAUCCUCUUUAAGGGGCUUGUUGUCCAUUGGCUAGCCUUUACAAGCAACUUGGUCCCCUCGACGUACGACCAAAUUCUUCCCAAGCUGCAGGCGUCCGCGCAGGGGGCCGCCAACUCUUGCAGCGGCAUGAACAACAACACCUGUGGAGUUCGUUGGUAUCAAAACAAGUGGGAUGGAUGGGUUGGCAUGGAGGAGCAGAUUAUCGCCACUGAGGCCUUAGUAUCAGCGCUCAUCACCGAGGACAAAGCAGGCCCCGUGACAGCCAAAACCGGCGGAGACAGUAAGAGCGACCCAAGCGCCGGUACGGGUGGGGAUGAGGACCCCGAGGAUAAGGCAAAAUUGAAACCAAUAACUACCGCAGACAAAGCCGGUGCGAGUAUUCUGACCAUCCUAUUCGUAGGAGUGUGGCUCAGCAUGGUUGCUUGGAUGUUCGUGGCCUGA